CCUCCUCCUGUCUCCGCUGCUCGGCCUCUUCCCUGCGACGUUGCCGUUCCUCAUCUCGACGUUGUCGCUCCUCUUCUCUGUCAAGGUCACGCUGGUACUGCGAGCGGAGAAUGACCUUGAGUACCGACGUCAGCAGGUCGUCAGUUGGUAGCGGCGUGGCAUCCGGAGGGAAAACCGCUGGGCUCUGCCACUCAGUAGUCUGACGUGGCACCCGUGCGCGUGGUCGCGGGGCUGAAGCGGCUGUAGGUGGCGUAGCAACCGUGGCUGGGACAGAUACCGCCGCCGGAGACGACGUAGCGGCAGCCGGCACUUCGGCCGUGUCCACCCAGUUGUGUUCCGUUUCAGCAGCUCCUUCCUGCGUGCGCUCUUCGCCUUGUGGUGGCUGAAACGAGGCCUCACUGGAUUCAACGGGUGUCUCGCCGUCAACGCUGGACACGGCUGUACCUGGCGCGGCCGGCACGCCCUCGAUCAUCUCCUUGUGCACGAUGUGGGCGAAGGUAAUGGCUUGGUGGUUCUUGGCACCGCGCGGCGGGAUGUUGGAGCGAUACAAGCGCGAGAACUUUUUCUUGAGCGAGUCUGCCGAGCGAUUAUGCUUGGCGAACUGCGCGUUGUGCAGCUGCGCAAUGACAUCCCAGCCCUCACGCCAACGACUACGAACCAGUUGCAACAUUCCCAUGGACUCCGCUUCUGUGAAGCCGUCGCCACGGCGCUGCACGUGUGCGCCAAGUCGCCGCUUCACCUCGGUCUCCAUGACUUCCUGCGGGGAAAAACGUGCAGCCAUUAUCUUGAAUUUGGGGGGAGCUUUUGAGAAUGAAUGGGUGGAUCAAAAUUUUGCGCUGAACUUGGUAGUGUCAUUUCGAUACGUUUGAUUGGAGU